AUGGCUGACUAUCCUCAAUUAACUACUACUGAUAACUCUCAAAACCCUCGUAAAAUCCCUCAAGCUAUUUUCAUCGAAAAUGUUGAAUAAUUAUGUUCCAAAUAUUAAGUUGAAAAAGUUAUGGAAGCCCUCCAAGAAACUUACAACAAGUUCAAAAUGAUGGAAAUGUAAAUCCUCAAGCAAAAGGAAAGUAUGUAAUAAAAGAUUCCUGAAAUCGAAAAGGCUUUAGAAAUUGUUUCAACUCUUGAAAAAAGAGAAGAUGAUAUGACUGUUGAUUUCCUUUUGACUGAUACCAUUUGGACAAAAGCUGAAGUCAAGAAAGAAGUUUAAAAGGUAGCUUUAUGGUUAGGAGCUAACGUUAUGGUUGAAUUCUCUUAUCAAGAAGCUAAGGAACUCCUUAAGAAAAAUCUUGAAAAUGCAACUGGAAAUUAUAAUACUUUCGAUGAAGACUGGAACUUCUUAAAAGAUUAAAUCACUACUUGCGAAGUUAAUAUAGCAAGAAUCUAUAACUUCAAUGUUAAAAAAUAAUAAGAAACUGCUUCUAAGAAAAAGGUUUGA